AUGCUUCGGGAACUAUUGGUCUGGCGCGGAGAAGGUCUCUCCGUCCACUACGCGUACAGCGAUCCUAGCGGCAGCCCUAACUGGGUGCUAUUGAACCGAUCGCAGUUCUCCGCAGCGAACGCGCCAAGCGCCAAGCGCCGAGUCAAGAUGUGGUCUCGGCUCCACUCGCCAGGACCUGCUUUACGGCCCCGUAAAACGCUGCCCGACCGCACACCGUUCGUCCGCGUCCGCAACGGCACAAAUACGACCAUAAAGACGACCAUA